AUGGGAUUAAUGCCUACGUCGCGUAAAAGUAAAGAAUUUAAGAUCGGCGUUGACUUAAGUAAGUGCGUGAAUCUUGAGGGCUACAGCCUUCUGGUUUGCUUGAAUGGAAGAAAUGUGUUCAUCUCUAGGACUGGCUGAUCAUCGUUCCGAUUAGGUCUCGGCUUUAACAUUUGUUGGAACAACUCGUAUCCGGCUUCAGUGUGGAGAAGCGAUGUUUUCACACCUUGUUAUCAUAGAUCGAGUUGUAAGUGACAUUCAUUGCAAUAGGCCUCUUCUCUCUCAGUCAAUCGACAGUUUGCUGUCUUCGGUUGACUUACCGUACGCGCUAAUUUCGACAAAUCUAUGGAGGAUGAGUCGACCGGAAUGUUUCUCUGUAACCUAGCUAAAACUUACUAAAAGCAUUGCAUUUUUCUCAGUACACUUCAUGUUAUGUCAUUGUCAUUCAAAGUACGCUGUUAAGAACAGAGGCAUCCUAUCUACACUUAGUCUCAGUCAGUCGUAAAAGAAAACCUUCUCAGCGAGAUAAAUAAAGUGUGUACUUCAAUCUUUUUUGUUUCAGAUGCAUAACAAAAGAUUUGAACGGAGUUUUGUUUUGUUAUAUGGGUUCAAGUUCCUUUUUUCUGAGGAACUGCUCUGAAAUCAUCCGGGAUUUUAGUGUAAAGUUGCUCAUGGUGCUUUGAACAAGCUUCAGUUGUCGAACAGAGAGAAUAUAUAAUGUGUUAAAUAACGUUUACCUUAAUUUGCGCCUUUGACUGUUGGGUACAACGCCUUCACAAACCGAAGGAAAAAUGCGGCUUGAAACCGAAUGAGACAACGAAAAGGAGGUUGUGAUUGUCCGCAUAUUGUCUUAGAAGAAAAGGGAGUUUAAUUCAUGUUCCGACGCCUAUUGGACGAUGUUCGUAUCAUAAGGAUUAUCGAUACUCAAUUGAAAAUCAUAAACCCCGGUGAAGCUUUGUUGAAUACAAGGAACACAGCAUUUGACGAGCUUAUUCCAAAUUAAAGUGUUUUAGGAUCUUAUCUUUAGAUUGUAGCUUUUAAAAGGAAAUGCAAAAGACCUAACUUACGAGUAAAGAGAUUCAUCUGAAUAAAAAGAGCUGGAGAUGCAUUGACAGCAAGGAAAAUUGUUCGUAUGUGAAUGGUGAUUUGACUCAGCACUGUUAUUCGUAACUCUUUAAAAACCUGUUAAAACAAAUUACUAGUUAUUCCCUGAAAAUCAAAAUUUACCUUCUUACAACAGAUGUGACUCCAAAAAUUCUGAGUAGCUUUUAUGCAGCGUCUGGCAGGAGUUGUCCGAUUCACGUGGUCGCUGCUAGAUAAUGGCUCCCUUAAAUCACUUGAAGUUUGAUGACGUGACCUUGAACAGGAAAAACCUGUUUCGCAUCCGGUAAACAUCUGACGUGAAGGCGGAACUGAGCAAUCGAAGCGUCACCCGCCUAAACGUAAGGCCUUUGGAAAAGCUUGCUUUGCUUCCAAAAAUUUCAGUUGUUAUUAGCGUUACAGUUUGGGAUUGAUUUUUCCCGCCUUUAAAAGUUAAAGAUUUGUGAAAAGUGGGGGGCAGGGGGGAGUUGUUCAGUUUUUUUUAGAACAUCUACCUUGGCUAUAUCACAAGUCCUCCAUCAUAUUUUCAAAAAAGUCUAUUAAGCAAUCAUUAAAUUUGCUGCUUUCUCCACGCUACGUCGGGUAACUAAAACUUCCUGUACACUAGCAAGUAGCAAAUUGAAAAGAAAAUGCAAUGAUCAAUGCCUAAGUCGCGUAAAGUAAAGCCGUUUGAGAUCGACGUUGACUCUUUUCUUAGACUGAUAUCAAAGGCGUAGUGUCAAGGUAAAGUAUUACACAAAAAGAGAUCCAGUUUAAAGGGGUACAUUUGGGGGGUACCCAAUACCACAAUGCCGUAAGAAAAAUUUGCAAAUACCGAAAUUUCGUGUCGCAAAUCGACGAAAUACCGAUACCGCAAUGAUCGGUCACGCUUACUUUAACGUUGUAUCCAUCUCGCGUGUUUUUUUAAUAUCUCAAGCAUGUAUACACCAGAAAUCAACCUUAGCCUUCGCGAGAAAACGUGAGAUUUCGAAUUGAUCGGUACAACGAUCGAAAAGCCAGGUUAUUGGAUGUCCUACCAAUUUCAUCAUAGAGUAACCGUCAGAAAUUGCGUAUUCAUUAACCGUUAAGUCUAAAGUCUUCCAAAUAUUGACCUACAUUAGACAGGAGAGGCCAAAUGAACGGUACCGCAUACCGUGAAGGAUCUUCUUUUACCGAAUACCGUUAACCAGAAAGACAAAAAACCGCAUACCAGGGCUGGAUGAUACCGCAAUACCGCACAUUAAAAUCAAAAUUACCGAAAUACCGCUUGAAAAAAAGUUCAAUACCGCAAUACCGUAAACCCCCAUGUCCCCCUUAGUUUACAUUGGUGACGAAAUUGGUCGAUGGUUACUUUCCCGUGAUCGAAAUUUUUCGGUUUUCAAAGCAUUAGCUUUCGAUUCCGUUGUGGAAUCUUUGAUUGAGU